AUGUCAAAUCAACCUCAUCCUACAUCACAACCACCUAUAGAUAAUGUCAAUGAACUUAGUCUAUCUCCAGAAUCACAACUAAAUGGAUUUGAAUGGUGGAGAAGAUCACUACUGUAUCAAACAGGUUUAGGAUUAACUCAACAACAAAAACAACAAUAUGAAUAUGAUUAUCAAAAUCGAAAUUUAGAUAAAAAAUGUUUAAAUUGUGAAGAAAAUUUGAAAUGGGUUUUAAAUUAUUCACCAUCUGUAAUAUUUAUGAUGAAUCAUAUUCAAAAAUUACAAAUAAAUCAUGAACCAAUAAAUACAUCAAAAUAUAUUCAAUGUAAAACAUGUGAUUUUUCAAAAGGUGGAGGAUUUGAUCCAAAAUUUGGAAUAGUAUUAUGUUCAAAUUGGAUAAGAUCAAAAUGGCAAUUAGAAGAUAUUUUAACUCAUGAAUUAAUUCAUUUAUAUGAUUAUAUGAAAUUUAAUUUAAAUUAUAAUAAUUUGAGACAUCAUGCAUGUACUGAAAUAAGAGCUUCAAUGUUAAGUGGAGAAUGUAGAAUUUGGUCAGAAAUUAAAAAAACUGGUUUAGGAAAUUUUAGUAAAAAAUUUCAAAAUUGUAUAAAAAGAAGAGCUAUUAUUUCUGUUUCUGCUAAUCCAAUAUGUAAAAAUAAAGAAGAAGCUGAAAAUGUUGUAAAUAUUGUUUGGAAAAGUUGUUUUAAUGAUACAAGACCUUUUGAAAGAAUAUAUAGGUGA